GACCGUCCAGUAUUCUGGAUAGUUGAUACCAAUUGGUACCAGACUGCAGUGUUUAUACGAGCCCCCAACAAUUAUACCAAACAAAAUUCAAAUUGGAUAAGUUUACCAUGGAUUCAGGACACAAAAUGUGGAUUCCAUUCACAAUAAUUGUUUUUGCCAAUUGUUUUGUGGGAACUUCUGGCACAGAGUGUGUUGUGAACAGAUGCCCUGGUGAUGAAACCUGUUUCCAGAGAAACGUGCCUGGCCAGCCAGACUACGUUUGUGAAUGCACAAGGCCUUAUUUCCACGGAUACGAUUGCACUGAAACAUUUAACAACAGGGUGCUCCAGACUUGCUACGGCGAGGCCUGCGCGACCGGUUCCUACACCACCCCCAACUACGAGACCACAGGCUACGAGAACCGGGAAAAAAUCCUGGUGCUUCUCUACAUCCCAAGAGCAACAGAGAUCCGCUUCAGCUUCGACCCGGGCUUCCAGAUCGAGAGAAACGCUGAUGAACUAUUUGUUGGCAGAGGGUUGACUGUCCCUUACAACGACUUUGCAGAAGGCACUCAUUCUGCUCUUAUUCCUAAUCUGUACUUCUUUGAUGGGGUCGGUGCUCCCCAGCCGUUCAGCGUCUACAACGACACCGCUUUCAUCUUUUUUGAGAGUGACAGGCAAAGCACGUAUGCAGGAUUCAGGAUAUUUUGGAACGCCACUGUAGCGGACCCACCUCAAACAACUGAAGCGCCACCAACUGAAGCGCCACCAACUGAAGCGCCACCAACUGCAGAAGAUAUGGGAACUACAGAGUCAGCAGCCAGUGCGAUCGUUUUGCAAACAGGGCUGCUAACGACACUUCUCAUCAAUAUUGCUGUUGCCACUUUAGUUCACAUGUGAUGAAUUGAAAACUCCAAAGUUGUAUGAUGUCACAUGUUAAUGCAUAAAUGACUAAAUAAUCUUUAUACAAGUACUUAAUUUAAACAUUACAAAAUAAAUACAAGUACCCAGGUUCGUUUCAUUUACCAGAUUCAGUUUCUAGAAUUUAGUAAAUUUUUUGACUGAAAAAUGAUGUCAACCCAUUGUGCAAUGGAAUUUCUUGUCAACUAAACCGUAGCUGGGCUUCAGUUUACAAAAACAUUUAAAAAAAAUAAAUCGCUGUGCGAAAAAUUUGUUUUUCUUUAUUUUCUGUAGGUACGUGGACAUGUUUGAGAUUUUCAGUUCAGUUU